CCGCAAGCUACCGCCCGUUAUAAGGAUUUUAUUCAUAUAAGAUCAAAUAAGGAUUUCGUUAUCCAUCAAGCAACGAAACGUAGCCAACUUAGCACGUAGCCGUAGCCACGCCAUAGCCGUAUCCGUAGCGUCCCGUCGAGGCGUCAGUCAACCCGGCGUGUGCGAGAGCGUUUGUUUGGAUUUGUUUUCCAGCGGUUUUCGGUCUCGGUGGUUUUAUCAGUUUCAUCGAGGCCAGGAACGAUUCGGCGUUCAGCCAGCAAACAUGGGCUUCACUGUUCUCGGCUUACUAACUCAGUGUUACGAAGCCGGCAGAAGCUUGUGCUCCAACCUUGUCCUGUGUACCGCCAACACCGUGCGACCAUACUGGACAGUUCAGAACAUUUUUAUCUUCGCUUUAGCGGUUUCUUGGAUUGCGUACCUCUGGGAAACAUACCUGUCCUAUCGACAGUACAAGUUAUGCAAAAGUACCUCUCGUGUUCCUGCUGAAGUAAGUUCCAUAACAGACCAGGAAACCUUCUCGAAGGCAAGGUUAUACCAGCUGGACAAGUCCAAGUUCGGCUUCUACGCUGGGCUCUGGAAUCAAGUGGAAACUACACUCGUGUUGAUCCUAGGUGGUUUCCCCUUUUUCUGGUCUCUCUGUGAGCAAUGGGCAGCGAAAGCCGGUUUCAGUGGCAAUGAGCUGGUGGUGACAUCAUUCUUCAUUGUCGUCGGUUCCCUGAUCUCCACAGUGGUGGAUCUGCCAUGGUCCAUAUACUACACAUUUGUAAUCGAGCAGAGACAUGGCUUCAACAAUCAGACUGCAGGAUUCUUUGCAAAAGACCGUGUGAAGAAGUUCUUCUUGAUGCAAAUGAUCAUUGUCCCGAUUGUGGCCGGCAUUGUUCAGAUCAUCAAGUUGGGUGGAGACUACUUCUUCAUCUACCUCUGGUUCUUCACACUCGUGGUUUCCUUACUAAUGUCGGUAGUCUAUUCUGACUUCAUUGCACCUCUCCUUGACAAGUUCACCCCGCUCCCUGAAGGCGACCUCAGAACCAAGAUAGAGGAACUUGCUGCCAGCAUUCACUUUCCACUCAAGAAGCUCUUCGUGGUCGAAGGCUCUAAGAGGUCAUCUCACAGCAACGCAUAUUUCUAUGGCCUCUUCAAGGAGAAGAAGAUUGUUCUGUUUGACACCCUCCUCGAGAAGGCCGAGCCCCUUGAUAAAGAGAAUGGAACUGUAACCAGCGAAGGUCUUGAUGAGAAGCCACUGACUGAGAAGAAAGAGAUGAAGAAAACCGGCUGCGAUGACAACGAAGUCCUGGGUGUGCUUGCCCACGAGCUGGGUCACUGGAAAUUGAAUCAUGUGCUGAAGAACUUUGUCAUUGGCCAAGUUCACUUGUUCUUUUGCUUUAUGAUCUUUGCCAUGCUGUACAAGGACACCAGGCUGUACGAGGCAUUUGGUUUCUAUGGAACACGACCUGUCUUUGUGGGGCUCAUCUUGAUAUUCAUGUACAUCUUCUCUCCAUACAACACGCUGCUGGAGUUCCUGAUGACUGCGCUGAGCCGCCACUUCGAGUUUGAGGCUGAUGCCUUCGCUCGCAAGAUGCACAGGGCCUCUUACCUGCGCAGUGCUCUGAUCAAGCUGAACCGCGACAACCUCAGCUUCCCCGUGCACGACUGGCUCUACUCUGCGUGGCAUCACUCGCACCCACCUGUGCUGGAACGGGUCAAGGCCCUCGGAAAGACAGACUGAGCGCGCGUCCACACAUUUGCGGGACUUUCUCGACGCGGAGAAGCAGAAAGGUUAGCCAGACCAAGGCGGGCAAGCGCAUGUUCAUGUUCUUUCCUCGUUGUAAAGUCAUUCUUUUUGUAACAUGCCAGCAUAUUCUACCCAUGGUAGUUUUGUAACUGUGAAUGAUUCUUUGCUCUUAGGUCCACCGAGCUUUCUCUGCUUCUGAAUAUGGCAGCUGGAAGUGGUUGCAAAUGUCGGAAGAAUUUGAGUUUUUCUGGGCAUUCCCUCUUUUUACGGUUUUGGGGCUUCCUGUCGAGCCUGGGGGUUAGAACAAUCUGUUUGUUCUUAUUUGGAACAUGGAUAAAGACAAGUUUGUACCUAAAAAAAAGGGGUGCAAUACAUAUAAUAAAAAAUGUACUGUAUGCAUCAGGUAGGGAACACAGUUUUUUUUUAAACUGUUGAUGCAUCGUCAGUUGGCUCUCAUAUGCAAACUUUUCUAUACUAGUAAACAUUCUGCACAUUGAAUGUUGUGUGGCAUAUUUGAGAUUUAUUCGGGCAGCAUAUAUAUUUGUUUCAUAAUGCUUGCCACAUCUCUUGCACGCUUAAUCAAUCUCUAGUCGGGUUUCCAUCACAGCCGGUGUAGUGUGGCAUUUGAAAAAUUAUUCACUCUUUCACUGAACUAGGUGUCUUCAGUAGGGCUGCAGCAGAUGAUGUCAUGUCCAUCUUCAAAUUAAAUUCCCCUGGGUUGUGUUGGGAAAUGUAUGUAUUAUCUGCACUGUUCCCUGGUUGAGUUGGUUGCAUAGCUUGUAUUAUAAAAGGCCCUAAAAACUCUAAGCCUUGGUAAGGCUCCAGUAAAUAAACAUUAAUUUUGUGUGGGAAUAAUUUUUUUAAUGAUUUGCAUCUGAAAUUUGUCUGGAUUUUUUAGGUGCUGAAAAUAAAUAAGGAUGCCUUCAGUGUGUUGCUUCAGCUCCUUCGGCAUUGUAAGCCUUAUUUUUUCCUAGGUUUUUAUGCGUAUGCCAAGCGUGACGGCUCUUAGGGCUGCGACACUUCGUUUGAUAUUUUUGUUUCCUGUCGGAAGACUUUUCUAACACCUUUUGUACCUCCUAAAAAAAUUGUUAUUGAGAAAAUAAAUUUUUCUUGUGUACGA